GAGACUGGCCGAGGUGCUUAGUCGCAGUCGCCAUUUUGUCGGGUAGUCGUCGGGAUCGUCGUGUCUCUCUCAGUCGUCGGGGAUUUCGUCCGUAUUUCGUUCGGGCGAAGUGAAACGCGCCGCCGAAUUUGGAUACCCGAUAGCCCCACGCGUAACGUCACCCCGCAAAUGGCUUGUCUGAACACUCUCAAGCAGGAAAUCAAAACGCUCGAAUCCGUCUUCCCCAAGAGCCAUGAGAGGUUUCAGAUAAUGUCUGCGAGCGUGGACGAGCUCAGCUGCAGAUUCGUCGGUAAAAAUGGGAAGAAGUACGAAAUACACGCCAAUAUUACAGAAACUUACCCUUCAACACCACCAGUUUGGUUUGCCGAAUCCGAAGAAACUAGUGUUACAAAUGCUGUACAAAUUUUAAGUAACACGACGGGACGCGACAACCACGUAAUCAACCAAGUUGGAAUUCUUUUGAAAGAAUUAUGCAGAUUACAUUCGUUACCAGAACCACCAGAUGUCGAAAGACUCAGAACUGCUUUGGAUCCCUUACGUUUAGGAGGACCAAACGAAGCAGUGGCGCAAAGGAUGGACGCCGAAGAUAUAGAUGAUAUUGACGAGGACGAAGAGAGCGAGACUGAAGAAGACUUACACUUGGAUAUGGAUGAAGGAGACGCUAAUGCUAAGAGUAAGAGUGAAGAAAUGGAUUUGGAACAUCUUGCAACAUUGGAAAGGUUGAGACAGAAUCAGAGACAAGAUUAUUUGAAAGGAUCUGUUUGUGGAAGUGUGCAAGCUACUGAUAGACUCAUGAAAGAACUACGUGAUAUAUAUCGAAGUGACAGCUUUAAAAAAGGCAUGUAUAGCAUAGAACUAGUAAAUGACAGUUUGUAUGAAUGGAAUAUCAGGUUGAUGUGUGUAGAUCCUGAUUCACCACUUCACAGCGAUCUCAUUCUUUUGAAAGAGAAAGAGGGCAAAGACAGUAUUCUUCUCAACAUGCUUUUCAAGGAAACCUAUCCAUUUGAACCUCCAUUUGUAAGAGUUGUACAUCCCAUCAUUUCUGGUGGUUAUGUUCUUGUGGGAGGUGCUAUUUGUAUGGAACUUCUUACAAAACAAGGGUGGAGUUCGGCAUACACAGUAGAAGCUGUUAUAAUGCAAAUUUCAGCAACGUUAGUGAAAGGAAAAGCACGUAUACAGUUCCAAGGAUCAGGUGGUGCUGGAAAAGUGUGUGGUGGACAAGGCCAAUAUAGUUUGGCGCGUGCCCAACAGUCAUUCAAGUCUCUUGUACAAAUACAUGAAAAAAAUGGUUGGUUUACACCCCCGAAAGAGGAUGGCUAAUGAACAGCGAUUACAAAGUACCGAAAAUAUGACACAUGCUUACAACUGAGACUUUAAUUCGGUGUGUGCCCAACAAGUAAUUGUUAUGAUAAUGAUUUGAUACACAAACACAACAGUAACUAGGUAACUUAAGAUACUAAAUUAAUCUAUUGUAUAAUUCCUUUCAUGGCUAAAAAGCUGCCGUACUUUGGUUGUAUCCAUAUAUUUUCGGUCACUAGCUGUAGGUCGCGAGUUGUAUCAGUAAAUGUAAGGUAUCAUUUCAUUCGAAAUUGAUUCUUAUGUUUCGAGAAAAUCCCAAUUAUUAUUAUACUAUGUAAUAAUUAUUACUAUAUAGUAAUUAUUGCUAUAUGUAGUAAUUAUUAUUAUAUAUAGUAAUUUUAGUACCCUUGAAGAUACAUAUGUUGUACGUGCGAAACAGUAUAAAUAUUCUGAAAAAUGCGUUUGCGCAAUCGUGCUUCCUGUCUUUUUAACGGGAGGAGAUUAUGUGUGGUUAGCAUUUUAGAUUAAUAUAAUACUGAAGAGAUUUUUAAGUGUCUCUUUUAUUGUUUUAUCAUUUUGUAAGUAUCAUUUUUUUUAUCUCUUAUAAAAGAAGUUAUUCUCUGUGAAGGUUAUCCUCUGUGCAAUUUGAUUGAUAUAUUUAUAUAUAAGCAAGUAAAAAUAUGGUAGUGAAAAUGCAUCUCCAAGGAACAUGGAUACCAUUUUUUUUCUCAUUCUUGAAAAUUUUUGUCAGAUAUCUUACAAGCGAUAUUCAAAUUAUGCAAACGCACAACCAAAGCAUUUCUCUGUAAAUUAUUUGGAGAUAAAGUGACUAAAUGUGUAGCAUAUAAGUAUAGCUUUUCAUUAGGAGGCUCUAGAGAGUACAAUCAUAGAAAUGACAAAAGUUUCUGCAAACUUUUUAAACUUGCAAUUAAAUGUUUCGUACAACUAAUUUUAUCUACAUUAAUCAAGUCAGAUUUUUGACACGAGAAGCGAUAUUUUUUUACAUUCGGCAAAUAUAGCAUAUUUUGUAGUAUUAAUAGAUUAGGUAAAAUGUAGAAUCUUAUAUAUUAU